CUCGCAAGCUUUCCGAUACACGGUUCGAGUCAUCUCAAACGAGCCGGUAAAGGAACGAAGGCUUCCAGCGUUCUGCGACCGGUUCGUUCAUGAUCUUGACGCGAUGCUCGUCGUCGGGCUGACUGGUGGUAUCGCAUCGGGCAAAUCGACCGUGUCGCGAUUGAUACAAGAGAGGCACCACAUCCCGUUGAUCGACCUUGAUCUGCUUGCCCGACAAGUCGUGGAGCCGGGGACAACCACUCUCAUAGCUCUCGUCAAAGCGUUCGGCGCCGAGAUUCUCCAGCCAGAUGGAACGCUCAAUCGCCCCGCUCUUGGCAGGAUCGCGUUCGGAGACGAGUCGAAGCGCAAGGAGCUGAACAAGAUCACGCAUUCAGCCAUCCGCAAGCGCAUGGUCUGGCUUCUCAUCGGGUAUUGGCUUCGUGGCACUCGCAUUGUCGUGGUCGAUACGCCCCUGCUGGUUGAAGCUGGCCUGUGGAAGUGGUGCGGCGAAGCGGUCCUGGUGUGGUGUUCGGCCGAGGACCAGCUGAAGCGCAUGCUGUUGCGAGAUACCGACAAGGGAUUAACGGAGGAAGACGCGAGGAGCCGCCUGGCCGCACAGUGGGACCUCAAUAAAAAGAAAAACUAUGCAGACGUCGUGCUAGACAAUUCAAAGCCCCUUAGGCCGCACGAGGCAGCGUCAAAUCCAGGCACCAAAGACGAAGAUUCGCUAGAGGAGCAAGUGCAGCGCUUAGUCGCUCGAUGGCGCAGACAGACUGCAAGUGUAACAGGCGUUGCAAAAUGGCUGGUAGCGUGGCUCGUUCCACCUGUAGGGCUGCUCAUGGGAUAUCUGUUCGCCAAGCGUCGCGAGUGGGAGUUCUCUGUACGCUUACGAACUGCCGGCGAGGAUGCAAAGGCAGAGUAAUGCCGUCGCCACGAAGGCUUGACCAUUUUGCAACAAGUUUUUCGACAGAUAUUGUUGCAACCGUCAGCGCUCACAGUAAACCAACACCCAGAGGUGCAGAGGCACUCUACCAAGGCAGCGGUUAUAACUAGAUUCAUACAAGUCUGUGGGUCACCCAGG